ACAAAAGAGAGAGGUCGUGCAGUGCUGGUCCUCGUCUUGUCUGCAACAGUCUCUUUCCUGGGUGGGCUGAUAUUUGGAUAUGAACUGGGGAUUAUCUCUGGUGCACUGCUGCAAUUGCAGAUAGACUUUCACCUCAGCUGCUUCAAGCAAGAAAUCCUUGUGAGUGCUCUCCUUAUUGGAGCUCUGCUUGCCUCCCUGAUUGGGGGGAUCCUCAUUGACCGCCAUGGACGGAGGAAAGCAAUCCUGGUCAGCAACUUGGUCCUGUUGGUUGGCAGCCUAAUUCUCACAUUGGCAAAGUCAUUUACUGUGCUGAUCGUUGGGCGCAUGACAGCAGGCUUUGCUAUCUCAGUCUCAUCCAUGGCCUGCUGCAUCUAUGUCUCAGAAAUGGUGGCUGCUCAUCAGCGAGGGCUGCUGGUGUCUCUCUAUGAAGUAGGCAUCACUGUUGGCAUCCUGGUGUCCUAUGCAAUGAAUUACAUCUUUGCAGACCUGAAAGAGGGAUGGAGGUACAUGUUUGGGCUGGCCAUUGUCCCAGCAGCCAUGCAGUUCCUCACCAUCCUCUUUCUCCCAGUCAACCCUGUCAAAUUAAGCUCAUGGGACGCAGACUGCCAGAAGGGCCUCAUUCAGUUGCAGAGCACUGAGGACAGAGAGAAGGCAAAACGAGAGCCCUAUAAGGAGAAAAGUUACUCAUUUCUUGAUCUUUUUAGGAGCAGAGACAACAUGAGAAGGCGGACUCUGGUGGGCCUGGGACUGGUGCUCUUCCAGCAGUUCACUGGGCAGCCCAAUGUGCUGGGCUAUGCCUCCAAAAUCUUCCACUCAGUGGGGUUCCAGAGCAACUCCUCAGCCAUCCUGGCCUCUGUUGGGCUGGGGGCAAUAAAGGUGGUGGCCACACUCAUCGCAAUGGCUUUUGCAGACAGGGCUGGCAGGAGGGUGCUGCUCAUGGUUGGCUGUGUGGUGAUGGCCAUCUCGGUCACCAUCAUCGGCCUCACCAGCCGCGUUGUUCCCCUGGCCCUGGACAGGGACUGCAAGGCAGCUGCAGACCCCAGUGCAUCCCAACGCCCCCCGCUGCCCUUACUCUCCCAGCCUGCUGUGCCAUCCAUCCCACCAGUGGUGGGCAGAAGUCAGGCAGGCCCUGAUUUCGCUGCCAUGAGGAGCCUGGCAAGUUUUUUUGUUGAUACUCAAAGCAAAGAGGUUGUUCCUGAUGCUUCCCUCGCUCAGAAAAGAAGCUUGGUAGUUCAGUCCAAAGAAGAGAUAGUGGCAAGCACAGGCCUUUCUUUAAGUGGUGCUCCCUGGACAGAACACCUGGUUCUAAAUUGGAUGACACUGCUGAGCAUGAUGGCUUUCAUGAGUGCCUUCUCAAUUGGAUUUGGGCCAAUGACCUGGCUGGUCCUCAGUGAGAUCUACCCUGCUGGGAUAAGAGGAAGAGCCUUUGCAUUCUGCAGCAGCUUUAACUGGGCUGCUUAUUUACUGAUCAGCCUUACAUUCCUGGACCUUAUUGAUGCCAUUGGUUUCUCUUGGGUGUUUCUUUUCUAUGGACUGGUGGGAGUGAUGUCUGUUGUGUUCAUUUACCUCUUUGUACCGGAAACAAAAGGACAAUCCUUAGAGGAAAUAGACCAGCAGUUCUCCAGGAAACGGGUGUGGGAAGGAAAAGCAUUUAAGCAGAGACAUGGAAGAGGAGCGAGCUGCACACACGCCCAGUACCAGAGAAUGGAGCACACCAACAGCACGUGA